AUGACGGGAAUAAUGAACAGUCCCUGGAAACGGAAUGCCACCUUAGAUUUAGAAUGUCUCCACCUAAUCGGGACUGGUAGUUUUGGCAGAGUUUACAAAGCGAGACAAAUUCUUCUAGGAAAUAUUGAGUUUUACUAUGCAGUAAAACAAAUCUUUGUCUACAAGACGUUACAACAUUUUGAGUGGGACCCUGUGAAAAUGUUACGGGAGGUGAUACUUUUGCAGGAAAUUAACCAUACGAAUGUCGUCCGGUAUUAUUCCUUCUGGUUGAACGGCUUAAGUUGGGAGGGAGAUUCAAAUCUGUACAGUUCUACGCGUGCGGACAGCGAGUUUCUCUAUAUUGUGAUGGAGCUGUGUGAUUUUUCGUUGAAAAAGUGGUUAGCGGAUAAUUUGGAGUUUAAAUUCCGGGAAGGGUUUAUUCCAGGGAUUAUGCUGAAUACGUUAAGUGGAUUGGGUUAUCUGCACGAGAGGUCGAUCAUCCAUAGAGAUCUGAAAAAGGAUAACAUCCUGGGGAGAGAAGUUAAUGGGAGGCACACUGGUACGGAUUAA